AUGUCAAGUCCUGCGGUAAAAAAUACAGCAUCAACGUCAUCAAUAACUCCCAUAGAUGCCAUAUCUUCCUCAUCUAGCGUGGAAUGUAUUAGCGGUGAAUUACAGCAACGUCUUAUUGUUCAAUAUCACUAUACCCAAUGGCCCGAUAUGGACAUUCCUGUCGAUGCGCAUCCAUUAAUCAAUUUAAUCAAAGAAGUCAAUGAACAAAAUGGAAAAGAAGAUUAUCCAAUUGUUGUUCAUUGCAGUGCUGGUGUUGGCCGUACUGGCACAUACAUAACAAUCGAUGCAAUGAUUGAUAAAAUUGAAAAAGAAGGCAAAAUUGAUAUUUAUAAUUUUGUUAAGCGUAUGAGAAAAGAGCGAAGUUUAAUGGUUCAAACAGUGAGACAAUAUGUGUUUAUUUAUCGUGCUAUAUUAGAAUAUUAUUUAUUUGGUUAUACUAAAAUAGAAGUCAAUUUAUUUAAACAAAAUUUAAAUUAUCUUAAAAAAUUGACAGAUCAAAAAACAGAACGAACAUUAUUACAGCAAGAAUUUAAUAAACUAUCAUUGUUACCUAUCGAAUAUACAUCUCAUCGUGAUGCCUUGUUAAGUUGCAAUGUUGAGAAGAAUCGUAAUUCACAUUUUGUGCCUUAUGAUCGUAAUCGUGUAUGUUUAAGUCGAAUAUUGGGUCAUCCAUAUAUCAAUGCAUCAUUUAUCGAAGGUUAUGUAAAAGAAUGUUCAUUUAUAAUCACACAAGAUCCAUUAAUAGAUACCAUUCCAGAAUUCUGGAGAUUGUUUAUUGAACAUGAGUCAAAUUGUAUUGUACAAUUACAUACAUCUUAUACAGUUGAGCCGUCCUGUCCAAUAUACUACCCGGAUGAAUUAGGUGUAACAAUGAAAAUUGGUUCAACAACGUUAAUUAAAUUAGUUCAUAAAGAAAUUCUUGAAUCUAAAAUGAUUUUGAGAGAAAUUAAUUUAACGGAUACGAGAGAAGCUCUAGCAAAAACAAUUUAUCAUUUUGAAUAUUUAAUUCAAAUAACAAACAAUGAUAAUAGUCAAACAUGUAUACCAACUACAUUAAACGGUAUAAAUAAUCUAUUCGACUUUAUUGGACAAGUUCGAAAACAACAAAGACUAUGUGGAGAAAAAUAUAUCAUAGUCCAUUGUGGUUAUGGUGGUCCAUCAACGUCUCUCUUCUGUGCUGCCAUUAUUCUUGUAGAUCAAUUAAAAAGUGAACAUGCAGUCGAUAUAUUUCAAACAGUAAGAGGUUUACAACGACAGCGAAUGAAUAUGAUUACCAACGUGAGUCAGUACGAAUAUUUGUAUGAUUUAAUAUUAAAAUUUCUUGAAGAAUCUUUUAAUCGUACAUUGUGGACAAAAUCAUCGUUAACAAAUAGUACAUACGAUAAUAAUACACAAAAUGAUGUUCAACCAUUAUCUAUAUCAUCAUCAAAAAUAAAUAUAAAUCAAGAUAUUUAUUAA